UACUGUUCUGUUCCUGUGCAGGCUUCUGCACUGCUGGAGACCACAUCUAGCUCACCCAGCCCCCUAGACAACGUGCUCAAUGCUUUGAGACUGGAAGGAUCUUGCUCUGCAAUGAAGAUGGAGGCAGCAGGAAAAGCAGAAGAACUUGUUGAUUCAGAAAUUCCACCAAAGAUUUCUGAAAAGCAAGAGACUACUCCUGAUGAAGUCAGGCCUAUAGAACUCGAGACACAACCUCAAAAGGACAGCGUGCCCACUGGAGCAGACUCUGCAGUGCUCUCUUCCAUGCCUUGUUUGCUGAUGGAACUGAGGCGGGACUCCUCGGAGUCUCAGCUGGCAUCUACAGAGAGUGAUAAGCCAGCGGGUGGCCGAGUUUAUGAGAGUGACUCUUCUAAUCACUGCAUGCUUUCCCCUUCCUCCAGUGGGCAUUUGGCUGACUCAGACACGUUGUCUUCCGCAGAGGAGAAUGAGCCCUGCCAAGCCGAAGCCGCCUCAGAGGGAGACCCUUCUGCGGUGUCUGGGGCUGCAGUUGGGAGGAAAUCCAGGAGAUCCAGGUCCGAAAGUGAGACUUCAACAAUGGCUGCCAAGAAAAACCGACAGUCUAGCGAUAAGCAGAACGGCCGAGUUACCAAGGUAAAGGGUCACCGGAGCCAAAAGCACAAAGAGAGGAUCCGGCUCUUGAGACAGAAGCGGGAGGCAGCUGCUCGCAAGAAGUACAACCUGCUGCAGGACAGCAGUACCAGCGACAGUGACCUGACUUGUGACUCCAGCACGAGCUCGUCAGACGACGACGAAGAGGUUUCAGGGAGCAGCAAGACAAUCACUGCAGAGAUACCAGGUAGAGGAUGUUUUUUAAACUGAACUGUAACGCGCCUGACAUCGUUUCUCAGCUGUCAUGCUAAGUUAGAUGAGUGACACUUGAGAAAAACCCAGGAGAACUGCAGCUCUGUGUAAAUUUGAAGACUGCAGUGUAAUGACAGGACGUGGGCAAAUUUUAAAAAAAUCUGUUCUGAGCUUCCUGUGCACUUUUGCACACCAACAAAGCAUAGCAAUGG